UAAACGUGAUGAUUGUUUACAAUGCCGAAAGGAAAAAUAUCAUAUGUUAAAGACGAUGAACCGGAUUUCAUUAAGAAAUUUAAACAGAGGGUAGGCUACAAGGAAGGUCCAACUGUUGAUACAAAGAGAGAGAUCCCAAACUUUGAUGAUGAUGAUGAGGACAGGCCAGACAAUGAAGAUGAGAAGCCAGUGGUUGUACAGCUGAGAGAAGGGGAUCUAAGUGCUGAGGAGGUGGAAAGACUGCAAAAGACUGAAGAACCACCAGCUGAUGGUAAAAUCACAUUUAAGAAGCCAGUGAAGAGGAGCGGGGAGGAGACAACAGAAUUAAAAACUUCUACAAAGAAGAAGAAAGAAGAGAAAGGAGAGAAGAAGAAAUCAGGGAAGGCUGUCAAGAACUCCACUCUGUUGUCAUUUAAUGAGGAUGAAGAGGAUGUCACAUGAUUUGUAUGCCAUAGGAGAAUAUCAUGUGUGAUGUGUGUGUCAUAUGGUGAUGUCACAUGAUACAUUUGUCAUAUAUUGACUGUUCUCUUCAUUAUCAGUAUUGUAAUUCAUCAUAUAAAAACAUAACACUGCAGUAAGAUCUGGUUCUGUACAUUACACAUCUGUAAUCACAUCUUGUCAUAUACAUACAUUCAUUGUCUACUGUUCUUCAUUAAUGUUUAUGGAAUAUAUUUGUUCCGUAGAAUAAUAUCAAAUGAAACUAAUCUUCAUUAAAUCUUAUUGUUGAACCAUAUACAAUGUAGAAAUGUUUCAUUGAAUUGGUCUUUCUUUUAAGAGUUCUUAAGACAGAAAAAAAACAGCCAUUAAAGUUAUGGAAUCAUUCUUACACCAGGGUUGCAUUGUAUGUCAAUUUUCUGGGGUUGCAUCACUGUGUUGCUAGAGUGUGUCCAGACAGAUUCUUUUUUUUUGGUACAUUAUUUUCUUUCCCAAAGGUCGUUUUGACGUUAUUGGUUUUGGUAAACUUUUGUGAUUUCAAAUUUUCUAAAAGUUUCUUGGGGUUUUUAGUAUCCAAAUCUGAUUUACAUCACUUCUAAAAUAUAUUGUUGUACAGUACUCCUGGAGUUUCUCACUCAUUGCUGUUAAUAUUUUAGUCAGGAGAAAAGAAAGAGGCUUGGUAGAACAUUUACUGGAAUCCAUCAUGUAUCUUUGUUUGUAAGGAUCUUUAUGAAGUUUAGGAAUCCAGUAUAGGUAUGGUAAUUCAAAUUCAUUUUGAUUGUUGUGAAUAUUAAAAAUAUUUAAAAUUG